AUGGCCGAGCAGUCUGGGUCUCCGCACCGCUCCAUGUACAAAUUGGUGGGCUCGCCUCCGUGGAAAGAGACAUUCAGGCAGGGAUGCCUGGAGAGAAUGAGAAACAGCCGGGACAGGCUCCUGAACAAAUACCGACAGGCUAGAGGCAAACUGCCAGGGAGAGCUCGGAGCACCCUUCUGGCACAAGAGCUGAUGGAAGAAGAAUGGAAUGCUUGGCACUCAGUGGAGAGCGGCCCAGCGGCCGUGGCUCAGUUGGAGGAGCCGAUGGACUUGGCUGAGCUGGAGGAAAUCCAACAGGAGCUGGUUGACCAAGAACAGUCCAUCAUCAGUGAAUACGAGAACAGCUUGCAGUUUGAUGAGCAGUGUCUCAGCAUCAUCCUGGCCGAGUGGGAAGCAAACUCCCCCAUCUGCCCUGUGUGUACGAAGUACAACCUGAGAAUAACCAGCGGUGUGGUCAUGUGUCAGUGUGGCCUGUACAUCCCGUCUCAUUCUCCAGAAUUGACAGAGCAGAAACUUCGUGCCUGUAUAGACGACAACGUGAAUGAGCACAGCGCCCACUGUCCUCACACACCUCAGUUUUCAGUCACUGAAGGGACAGGAAGUCAGCCCAGUCUUCUCAUGAGCUGUCUGGCCUGCGAUGCUCGGGCUGUGAUCAUCUAA